AUGUCGAACGUUAGUCAUUCUCAUACUACGACCGAGACCGAGCCUUACGUACCCUCGGAUGCUGAAGACAUGCUAGACGUAGCAAUCUCAGUGUUGGACCCGCGCCUCGCCCAGCAAGCAUCAUCGUCACAGACUACACCUCUGUCAGCAGCCCGCUACCGUCAGGUUCACCUUAGCUUCGCAAGUCCGCCACCAGAUUCGCGAAAGCGCGCACGAAGCGUACCGCCUCCACCCACUGCUGAGGAGCUGGAGGCGCAGGACAAGGCUAUCGCCGAGGAUGCAGAAGUGCCCCCGGACACCGAGAUCCCUGCUGCUGAGAAGGGUAUGGCACGUCGCUUCAGCCCGUCGUGGAAGCAGACGUACUCGUGGCUGACACUGAAGUACAACAAAGAGGAGCGCCUGUAUGGUAUGAAGUGUUCCGUGUGCUGUAAGUUCGCUCCUAACACCAAGUCUCCCUUUGGCGGUGCUGGCGUCGGUGCAAGGGACUUUCAGAAGUCGGCGUGCCGCAACCAUGACCAGUCCAAGGUGCACCUCGCGGCCAUGGAAGCAGAACGACUCGCUGCUGGCACGGAGGUGAGGCAGCGCAGCCUCGUGAACAUGCUCAGCGGCGAUCCAGUCAUGGCGAGGGUCGUCAAAUGCAUGCAAGCAGCUCAGUGGAUUGCGCAGAACGAUGCACCGAUCGCUCUCUACCCCAUGCUGGUGCGGUUCAUGGCGGAGCAAGGAUGCCCCGACAUGAUGAACAGCGAAUCCUACGGGCGUUAUUACUCGCGAUACGCCUUCGGCGAGUUCGUAGAGGCUAUGGCGGAGCAUCUGGUGGCCAGGCAGCUCGUGGACGUCAAAGAGUCGGCCUGGUACAGCCUCUCCUUCGAUGAAUCCACGGAUCGCGCCCGUGGAAAGCACCUCAUCGUGUAUGUCACGUUUGAGAGAGGCGAGGCCGUGGUGUCCCAGUUUCUUGCUCUCCUGUCGCUCGAGCGUUGCGACGCCGCUGCACUGUACGACACGAUCGUGAAGUGCCUGUGGUCGAAGGACAUGUCGAUGGACAAGCUUGUCGGGGUUUCAACGGAUGGUGCAUCCGUCAUGACUGGCUCGAAGAACGGAGUUGUCGCCCUGCUUCGGAAACGUUGCCCGUGGCUGGUGGCGAUUCACUGCGUGGCGCAUCGCGAGGCAUUGGCUGCAAAGGAUGCCGCGAAGAGCUUCAAGGAGUUCAACGUCGUCGAUCAGAUGAUACGCCAGACUGCCGAGCGUCUCGGGCGUUCAUCGACCGAUCACAAGACCUACAUGCAUCUCCAGGACGUCAUUCUGAAGACGCACCUGGAGGUGCAAGGCUUCUACACCGUCCGUUGGCUGUCUCGCGGAGAUGCUGUGAAUCGCUUCUGCGACGUGCUGCCGGUGCUGAUGUGGAUGUGGACGAAGGAGAAGGACGGGAUGGAGAAACUCGCUACCAGCUUCAAGUUCCACUACAUGCUUUACCUCCUGGCUGACGUGCUGCAGCUGCUCAACGGACUCAAUCUUGCCUUCCAGAAGCAGACGGUCGACAUCACAGAGGUGAAGAAUCACGUCGACAAGGUGAAGACCAAGCUGUCGCAGUACUACGUCGAGCCCAGCGCAUCCUACGGGCCGAACACCUCUCGCCUGAACAAGUUCCUUGCUGCACACGGCAGCAAGGACAAGCGCAAGAUGGAGCUCAAGGGAGUGGGUGGCGACGGCAAACCUGCAAAAGCCGAGAUCGAGCUCCACGAGGACAUCAUCGACCCUGAAAACCCGGGGGGGGGAUGCGACUUGGAGGCCUGCGUGGACCUGGCGCGGCGUUUCGCUCAGCGCCUGAUUAAGGCGCUGGGGAAGAGGAUGGCGGACCUGCGCCAUUUCGAUGGUGUUGGGUUUUUCACCCCUGAUAAGUAUCCCUUCCGUGCAGGAGAGCAGGACACAUGGCUGCAGCACCAUCUCACCGAGCUCCUGGACAUGUUCAAGAACCAACUACCUGGUAAGCCUAGAUUAGGUCGGAAGUUUCUGUGCAUUCUGCUGAUCGCGAUUCUUGUCGCGGCCAGUUUCCACGUGUCUGAAUGCAAGAAGAAGAAGAAAAAGCGGACAGUAGCGACGGAACCAGCACUUGACGAAAGCGAAACCACCACAGUGGUAACCCGAUCUGCAACGAAAACGGCAGCAGCAGGCGAAACAGCGUCGCAGAAUGACGAACCAGCUGCGGACGCGGCAGCAGCCGACGAAGACGCAGACGCCGACGCGCCUUCGGAAACUAUUCCCCCGAGGAAGCCGGCAGCCACUAUAACGCCGGCUACUAAGGCGGCGGCUGCUACGGCGGGAGAUGCGGAGGAAGAUGCGGAAGUAGCGGAAGCCGCUUCGACAGCUGAUGCUGACGUGGCGACGAAGGGCGACGACGCCGAUGGCGACGCGGCUGAGGCUGACGCCGCCGCAGAUGCCGCCGAGCCGGACGCCGCGGAUGCCGCUGCGGAAGACGGCGCAGCGGCAAAGGCGGCGACAGGCAAGCCAGUCGCGGCGGACGACGAUGCCGCUGCAGCUGAUGCGGAAGGCACGGAAGAGGCGGAAGGCGCUGCGGCUGGUGGGACCACAGACGACGCGGCUGCGGGUGGUACUGCGACUGCAGCAGCGGCGGCGACGGCGGCGGCGGCGGAGAAGCCGAGUUCGGCUCCUGGGUCCGUGUCCGAUGCUGGCCCUCUUGCAUGGAAAUCCGCUAAUAUGUCGCGCGACGACAUUGAUCCCAAAGGCCCGUGUCGCCGCGACAUCAAGCUGCACUGCCAGGGCGUGGAGCCGGGCAACGCGGUGCUGUCGCUGUGCCUCACCUUCCACGUCAAGAAUGAGAAGUCGGGCAACGAGCUCGGGGGCCCCAAGGUAUCCAAGAAGUGCAAGAAGGACGUGCGCGCGUUCAGGGCGGAGAUGUACAAGGACCUCAGCAUGGACAAGGCAUUGGCAACGGCAUGCAAGGCGGACAUCACCAAGUUCUGUGACGACGACUUCCUCUACCCCGAGCCCGGCAACGUCGUUGCCUGCCUCAGGGAGGUGAACCAGGUGGAGAAGCUGGCGGACGAGUGCCGGGCGGAGGUGCUGCGGGCGCAGCUGGAGGCGGCGGAGGAUUUCAAGAUGGACCCGCAGCUCAACCAGCUCUGCUCCGCCGAGGCUGACCGCCUCUGCAAGGGCGUCGAGCCGGGGGAAGGGCGCGUUCAGGAGUGCCUGAGAGAGCACCGAGCGCAGCUGGCGUGGGACUGUCAGGCGGAGCUGUUUCGGCAGGAGGUGGAGAACGCGGGGGACAUCCGCCUCAACGUGCGCCUCUUCCAGGCGUGCCUCAACGACCAGCGCCGCUUCUGUGCCGACGUCAAGUACGGCGAUGCGCGCGUCAAAGACUGCCUGGAGGACCACCGCCUCGACCCCGACUUCUCGCCCUCCUGCAAGACGGAGUUUGAGCAGAUGAUGGCGCGGCGCGCCACUGACUUCCGCCUCGACGCAAAUCUGCGCAAAUACUGCAAGGGGGACAUUGCAGAGAUCUGCUACCCAGACGCGGAGGACAUAUCGGACGUGGCGAAUUUCGAUGCCAAGGUGAUCGAGUGUCUGCAGGACUACCGGGAGGAGCUCAAGGACCCCAAGUGCAAGGCCGCCGUGCACCGCCUCACCGCCCGCGCUGCUGAGAGCAUCCGCUUUGAUCGGCCCCUGGCUGACGCCUGUCACGAGGACCGCACGACCAUCUGCCGGGAUGUGCCGGACGGCAUGGCGCAGGUGUUUCUGUGUCUGCAGGACAACAUGGGCAAGCUCAAGGAGUCGUGCCGCACCGCGCUCUUUGAACAGCUGGUGCGCAUGGCGGAGGACAUCGACUUCAAGUUCCCCAUGAAGCGCGCCUGCGCCUCGGAGCUGCAGAAGUUCUGCAAAGACAUCCCGCAUGGCCAUGCAGCGAGGGUGAAGUGUCUGCAGGAGAGCAUAGACAGUGCGGACAUGGGAGAGGAGUGCCGCAAGGAGGUCAAGCGCGACAUGGCCCGCUCAGCCGGAGACUACCGCCUCAACUACCGUCUGCACCGCGCCUGCCUGCCUGAGAUCCAGAAGCACUGCUCGCACGCGUGUGACGCCGCCAGCACCAACGGCUCCGUCACGUGUGCGGGCACCGUGGUCAAGUGCCUGCAGGAGAAUCAGGAUCAGAUCGAAUCCGAAGCCUGCAAGCAGGAGAUCACGUCGUUCAGCAUCCUCGAAGCAAAGGACCCGCUCUCUCUCGACGUGCCCCUGCAGGCGGCCUGCAAGGGCGACCUGCAGACGCUGUGCCCGGAUGUGGGGAGGGACCAUGGGAGGAGUUUGGCUUGCCUGAGGGGCAAGAGGGACCAGCUGAGUGCGGCGUGCAAGAAGGAGGAGAUGCGGUUCAGCGUGAUGGAGGCCUCGGAUAUUCGCAUCACCCCUAGCCUUAUGAAUGCCUGUGGGCAAGAGCUGCAGAGCUUCUGUCGUGACGUGCCGCCCAGGGGAGGGCGCGCGUUUAAGUGUCUGCAGCAGCACGUGAGCGACGUGGGCAUGGGCGCGGCCUGCCAGGGCGAGGUUAACCUGCAGGUGGCCCGCAAGGCCGCCAACUACCGCCUGGACGUGCGGCUCAGGGAGGAGUGCCAGGGCGACCUGAAGCAGUACUGUGAGGGCAAGGAUGCGGGCAAGGAGGGGCACGCCGUGGUGCUCAAAUGCAUGGUCGAGAAUUUCAAGAGCCUCGCGCCCUCGUGCCAGGGAGAGGUGUCCUAUGUGGUGCGCAUGGCACUCUUCCAGUACCACCGUGCGGCUUAUCUCACAUCGCCCUGUGACGACGCAGUGGACGGCAUCUGCCUGGCCCCUGGCGCCCCCAAGCCCAAGGAGAUCAACGGCGCUGUCAUCGGUGUGUUCGGGCAGUGCCUGCUGUCCGCACAGCCCGAUAAGCUAUCGGAGGGGUGCCGCGCGCUGGUGCAGGUGGCAGGGAAGGAGGGGGCGUAUGUGAAGGGCGGGCUGGACCAGGCGAAGCUGGAUGAGGCUCUGGCGAAGCUGAAAGAGCUCCCUGCGGCAGCCGCAGCAGACGGGUCGACUGGCAAGUCUGGGCUGGUGAUUUCAGGCUGGCUGGCCUUCGCAGCUCUGGUGGCUGUCGUGGUCGUUGCUGUUGCGGCAGGCUUUGGCAUUUACCACAAGUAUUUCAGCCCCACUCGCAACUACACCUUGGUUGUCAAAUCAGCUCCCCCAGGCACCGUUUAG